CCCCCGGCUCCCCGGCAGCCUUCCCCGUCCAAGCGCGGCGCGGCCCUGCCCGGCCCGAGGGCGUGGCUGGGCACAGAGGGGCGUGGCCCGCCCUGGGGGCGGGGCUGAGGAGAGCUCGGAGGCGGAAGUUCCCGCGGGCGGUGGAGACGGCGCACGCACUGAGGGUCACUUGUCAGCGCUCGUCUGAGGCGGAGGCAGCGCCGCGCGAGACCCGAGUUUCUUUCAUUUUCUGGCAUUGGACUUUGGACAAUUAGAACCAUGAGCAACUACAGUGUGUCCUUGGUUGGCCCAGCUCCUUGGGGUUUCCGGCUGCAAGGUGGCAAGGAUUUCAACAUGCCUCUGACAAUCUCUAGUCUGAAAGAUGGCGGCAAGGCAUCCCAGGCAAAUGUAAGAAUAGGCGAUGUGGUUCUCAGCAUUGAUGGAAUAAGUGCGCAUGGAAUGACUCAUCUUGAAGCCCAGAACAAGAUUAAGGGUUGUACAGGCUCUUUGAAUAUGACUCUGCAAAGAGCAUCUGCUACACCCAAACCAGAGCCGAUUCCUGUUCAAAAGGGAGAACCUAAGGAAGUAGUUAAACCUGUGCCCAUUACAUCUCCUGCUGUGUCCAAAGUCACUUCCACAACCAACAUGGCCUACAAUAAGGCACCACGGCCCUUUGGUUCUGUUUCUUCACCAAAAGUCACAUCCAUCCCAUCACCAUCGUCUGCCUUCACCCCAGCCCAUGCGACCACUUCAUCACAUGCUUCCCCUCCACCCAUGGCUGCUGUCACUCCUCCCCCAUUCGCUGCAUCUGGACUGCAUGUUAAUGCCAAUCUUAGUGCUGACCAGUGUUCAUCUGCACUGAGCACUGGUAAAACUGCAGUUAAUGUCCCACGGCAGCCCACAGUCACCAGCGUGUGUUCCGAGACCGCUCAGGAGCUAGCAGAGGGACAGAGAAGAGGAUCCCAGGGUGACAGUAAACAGCAAAAUGGUAACCCUGGCACCAUGAAAACCCCACCUAAACGCCCACCAAGGAAACACAUUAUGGAGCGCAAUACAGAGUUUUAUCACAUACCCACUCAUAGUGAUGCCAGCAAGAAGAGACUGAUUGAGGAUACUGAAGACUGGCGUCCAAGGACUGGAACAACUCAGUCUCGCUCUUUCCGAAUCCUCGCCCAGAUCACUGGGACUGAACAUCUGAAAGAGUCUGAAACUGAUACUACAAAGAAGGCGAAGGAAAAGAUACCCCUUCACGUCUUUAGUCCUAAAUAUACAAAAUUACGUGACUGGCACCAUGAAGUUUCAGCACGUGCUCUUAACGUACAGUGAUUUAUGAGCCUUGCUUCCCAAGCAGCCAGCACAUACCUUUUCAUUCAUUUUUUUUCAACUUCAUAGCAAAAUCUGUAUUAAAUUUGCCUUAUGAAAAAAUAGAAUCUUUUCUAUACUUUUCUAACAAUUUCCUACUGUUGUGAAAAUGAGGAAGAUGAAUAUGUGUACUAGUCAGUAGCUCUCACAAAUGUAAAACCAAAGAAAGAAAAUUAAGGGACUAGAUCUAUUCAGUGGAUUUCUGUCUGUUUCCACUGUUAUUAGGGUAGUAACCUUGGAAAAGGAAUUAUUUUUGCCAAGUGAAUGUGGUUGGUUGUUUGAAGAAGAGAUGGAUGAGCAAAUAAUGGCCUAUCUAAUUUGGAAAAUGCUUCCUUUAUGUUAAUACAUUUCCCAAGAUUACUUUUAAGCUUGUCAUUAUGUAAUGUUCAAAGCUGGUUGUAAAUUAUUCUAAGUAAGCAAAUGUGAGGAGGCAAGAUUAAACAGAUAAGUCCUUAUUAGAAAAAAGUAGAUUUAGGUAUCUUUUAAAGCUGGUACUAUUCAAGAUCGCUGUGUGAAGAAGAUGAGGCUCAGAUUUGGUUCCUAAAAAAGGAAAAAGAGUUCUACCCCUAUUUGCAAUGAGGAAAUACAGUGUCCUUUUGGUUUAAUUAGAUUUAAAAAUCUUUUUUUUUUCUACGAAAGGAAAUGUUUCUAAGUUGGUGGAUGUUUUUAGGGUGUAUACAGUUUCUAGGCAUUAACUGAUAAGAUAUAGAAAAGGUAGCUUUGCUUUAUUUUUAAGUCAGAGGAAAAGAACAUGGAAUAAAUUGCAGUAUGAAUGAUCAUGAGACAUCGGCAAAAUAUUUUACUUAGUAAUAUAAACUACUGUGCAUUGCUGCUAUUCCUAGCAAACUGUCUUUUGGGCAACACAUGGAAGCUGAAAUAUCUGACCAUAAAUGCUUUCUGCCUUGUAAUAUAAUGUAUUAUAUAUUAGAUCUAAAUCCAGUAAUAAAUGCAUUUUGAAAUUUGGAAAAGUAUUGUAAUAAAGUUGCCUUUAACUUA